AAGCAUGCAGAAUGUCUUCGAGCCGCAACGCGGCCGCGCAUGGGUUGAGUCACCCUACCUGCGGUCCCUCAUAGCAGGCGGCCUAGCCGGCACAACAGUAGACCUAUCCCUCUACCCCCUCGACACGCUAAAAACACGGCUCCAAUCCUCCUCGGGCUUCACCUCCAGCGGCGGCUUCAACGGCAUCUAUCGGGGCGUCGGCAGCGCGCUCAUCGGAUCCGCUCCCGGCGCAGCCCUCUUCUUCAUAACCUACGAUUCUAUAAAACGGCACUUAACGCCUUCCACGCCGACAAUCGCUCGCAAUGCCGAGGGGAAGCCCUAUAGAGAUAACGGGUAUAAGGAGGAUAGGGGCAGGGAGGCGCUUGUGCACAUGCUGGCAGCGAGUUUGGGUGAGGUAGCUGCGUGUGCGGUUCGGGUGCCGACGGAGGUUGUCAAGCAGAGGGCGCAGGCUAGCCAGCAUCCCUCAUCUCUCUCGGCGCUCACGUAUAUACUGAAUCAGCGGCAUACACAUGGCUACGUACAUGUCUGGCGGGAACUCUACCGCGGCUGGAGCAUAACCAUCAUGCGCGAGGUCCCCUUUACGGUGAUCCAGUUCCCGCUGUGGGAAGCGCUGAAGAGGUGGCGUAUACACAAGACAGGCAAGAGCGAGGUCAGCGGGCUAGAAGGAGGCGUGCUGGGAAGUAUAGCGGGAGCUGUAGCGGCGGGGAUAACGACGCCGUUGGAUGUGCUCAAGACGCGCAUGAUGCUGGCCAAGGAGAAACAGCCCAUGUUCACCAUGUUGAGGGAGAUACUACGACAGUCGGGACCGAGAGCAUUCUUCGCUGGAAUAGGGCCCAGGGUGGGGUGGAUAAGUGCAGGAGGUGCGAUCUUCCUCGGCUCCUACCAAUGGGCUAGUAAUGUUUUGGGAGGAGUCGAAGAGCUGUAAGAGUUCUGCACGAUCUUGACGAAUGGAAUGUUCCGAGUGUAAGACUAUGUAAAUAGCAGGGACAGCAAGCGAUUGCGAAUCUCAGGAAGACGACGCCGCUGUAUUAUACCUACAGACCCAGGCUCAAGCCAUGUAGACAUGGAGCACCCAUGGGGUAUGCGCGAGGCAAAGCUCAACUAUGUACAAUACACAAAAAAAGCAG